AUGUUUAAAGAAGAGUUAUUAUUUUCUCAAGAACUUAAAACUACGUCGCAAGGUGCAGAUGUUAUGAAUGCAAUAAGCCAAUAUAUGGAGGAACAUGGACUUAUGUGGGAAAGGCUUGCCGGGUUUUGUACUGACGGUGCUCCUGCUAUGCUUGGUUCUCGCUCUGGUCUUGCAGCAUUGGUAAAAACCAAAAAUCCUUCCGCAAUUACGACGCACUGCGUUAUUCACCGUCAAGCAUUGGCUGCCAAAACGCUCCCGGAAUGUUUUACUAUAGCUCUGAAAACAGCUAUAAAAGUAGUUAACUUCAUUAAAAAGAGCGCACUCAAUACUCGUCUAUUCAAACAGUUAUGUUCUGACAUGAACUCUGAACACGAAACUCUGCUUUUCCACACAGAAGUUCGUUGGCUUUCAAAAGGAAACAUGCUGUCGAGGUUGUACGAACUAAGAGAGGAAGUACAAGUAUUCUUAACUAACAAGGAAAACAAAGAGUUGCUAGAUCAGUUCUGUGAGCCCGAAUAUAAAUUACGUUUUGCUUAUUUGGUCGACUUUUUUGCGCAAAUAAAUAAAUUGAACCUUCAAAUGCAAGGGUCCGGAAAUUUGAAGUUGCAAGGCAUGAGCAACAUAUUUGCAUAUGAAGAUAAAAUCAGGGCGUUUAUUGCUAAAAUCGAGCUAUGGAUCAAAAAGAUCGAAAGAAAAAUCUUUUCUGCAUUUGAUACGCUCAACCAAAUUAUUGACGGACAAGGUGCAGAUAUUAAAGAAGAAAUUCAGAAGAACGUGAUGCUCCAUUUGACUAAUUUAAAAAGUGAAUUCAAUCGCUAUUUUCCUGACUGCGAGGACAAAAGUAUUCAGAAAUUGAUCCGGAAUCCUUUCAUUGUCAACGUUUCUGAAGUUUCUGAUGAAAUUCAAGAAGAAGUGAUUGAAAUGCAACACGACACGAACUUAAAAGAUACAUUCGAAUCAGGAAUAAAUCUUGAAGAUUAUUGGAGCCAAAAAGCAAUUUCUUUUCCAAAGCUUCGAGACAUUGCUAUACGUUACCUAACAUUAUUUUCAUCGACGUAUCUAUGCGAGCAGGGGUUUUCGACGUUUCUGAUUAUUAAAAACAAGCAUCGAAAUCGGUUGGAUGCCACUGCCGAUAUGCGUUUAGCUUUGAGUAGUACUGAACCGAGAAUUCCGAAGUUAAGAACCACUGAAUUAGACAGUCGGAUUCCCCUUGUCCGUGCCAGUUCUGAGCUGACCGUUGAACGGCGGUCGUACAGAACCGCGCCGACGCCGGCGCCCCCUAGAGGACACGCAACGCACAACGCGGCCUUACGGCUAGGAAGAUCCGCGGAAGGCCGAAACGCGGGUCCGGAUUCAGCACGCGACACGCGCUAA